AUAUUGAAUGAAAUGACAAAAGGGAGUCAGUCUAAUUAUGUACUUUGCAAGAAAAAAAAAGAAGUAACCUUGCUCUGAGAUUUUAAUGUUCUUUUCUUUUUUAAUUACCGAGAAUGCUAUUUUCAAUUGAUGCAUUUCCAUUUAUAAUAGUUUUCUUUUAACUGCAGGCUGAUCAUGAGGCAUCGACAACAACGGAAGAGGCCAAACGUCAAUAUGUUGAGCAGAGGGAAGAAGCCUCGCUGAGGAUUGCCCAGACAGCUAAGGUGAACAUUGAUAAAGCCCAUGAAAAGCAAAAGAAAAACUUCAAAGAAAGACAGCGAAAAGGGAGGCGUUAUGAGGACAUUUGUGUGGGAAAUAUGGUUCUGGUUCAUAAUGCAAGGAAGGCUGCUACAAAGAAGAAGGGAAAUCUAGAUCCGAACUACCAUGGUCCAUAUAAAGUAGUCAAUAUAGAUGGCAAGUGUGCCACUCUUCAGAACGAUUCAGGACAUACUCUAAAGAGGAAAACAAACAUAGACCACCUGAAACUGUUCAAAGAUCAGACCGCUCAUGAGACAGAUUUGUGUGCGCAGGACACCUGUGACAAUACUUCUGAAGAGGGUACAGUUUCUUGUAUGCAGGACACUGUUGGGAAAUACAUUGAAGAUGUCAGUUCAGAUGGCAGUCUGAAUGAACUUUUUAAGUUUAUAAGUGAACUGAACUUAUCAAAGAUAUCUCUGAACACUUUAGGUUUUCAAUAUCACCACUGUCCACAACAGAGUUUCUUGAAGGAGGUUAUCAGUGUAUCGGAGGCAGAGUUAGAGUGCUUUGGUACACUAUUGUUACCUCAUCUGAGACAUUUGGAUUUGGACUUGUCAGUGAAAACAUCAGUGGCUAUGCUUACAUCUGCAGUAUGUGUUAUGGCCAGUCAUCAGUUUCAGCCACUGAUGACCAUUGCACAAACACUCAAGGAGGUACCAAGCCAUCUUGAGGAUGUUGACAUUCACGAGAUCCCACAACUCUACCCAACACAAAGACUCACAGUUGGCGGCGAGACACUAGAGGCGGUGGACAUGGCAACUCUAGAGGAUGGGAAGUGGAUAAACGACAAGGUCAUCAACUCCUUCUUGGCACUGAAAAAGAUGGAGCAGAACACAUCAGAAUCAAACAGACACAUUUAUGUCCUUCCCUCGUACACAGCCGUUCAAUGGGAUCAAGGUCACCUGGAUCACUGGAUGUUUAAGAAGGUUCAGUUCUCCAAAUACACUCAUGUAUUCCUGCCAAUAUGCAUCAAUGGGAAUCACUGGGUGUUGCUGGUUGCAGACGUAAAGCAAAGACUUGUCUACGUUCUGGACUCUAUGAAUGGGGAGGUUGGUCAGAAAUGGACAAGGAUGUGGGCAGAAUUCAUGGCCAAUCGGGACAGACUUCCAGAUGUUACUGAACAGUUUGGUGUGUGGAACUUCCCGGAGAUCAGAAGCAGCAAACAGACCGACAGUAAUUCAUGCGGUGUGUUCACCCUGAUGAAUGCGGAAUGCAUUGCCAAGGAUGUUCCCAUAGCAGUCAUGAGACAAGUGCAUUGCCAAAGAUAUAGACAAUAUGUUAAGGCAUCUUUGCUCAAUGCUGGAGCAGCAAAGUCGGACUCUAAGUGUGACAUGCCAGAUUGUAGGAUACCUAAAGGACACAAAAGAUGGGUCCAGUGUUGCGUGUGUGGACGUUGGCUCCACACAAAGUGUUGCAGGAUUCCGACAAAGGCAGCCAUCGAGGAGGAAUACGAAUGCUGCUUCUGUGAAGCCAUGUAUAGAUAGACAUUCAUAGCUUAUUAUUGCUACCAAUUGGUUUGGAAAAGCUUCCUCUUCCAAUUUCUAUUAGGACUGGUCAAAUUUGAUGAAUAAUGUGUUAUGGUGUAGUUUAUCUGUCUGUUAAUUUUUGUUAUCUCCUACAUUUUUCUAACAAUCUCUUUGAAACUUGGUAUUCAUUAUAAUUAUGAUAGGAAAUUGUAUUACCCUGAAAAGGUUUUAAUUUCAUUAUUUUUGAACAAGUUUAUUUCAGUGAUGAAAAUUCUUGUCACAUCAUUCCUAUUUUUAUCCUGCCAUCAUCAGAUGGUGGACUAUUCAAAUCGCCCUGCAUCCAUCAUCUCUAUGUCCAUAACAAUCCUUGUUAUCAUUAUGUCAAAGUACUGGAGGUACAUUUCUAUAACAUGAUGAGUAGGUUCCCCUUAGUUCCCAGUUGUGUUAAAACAAAAUGACUGACAGGUGGCCAUCUUUGAUUUUGAGAACUAGAAGAUUUUUGUAGCUACAUUGUAUUUCUUAAAGUACUGGAGGAGUGUUUUGCAAACUUCACUUGUUCUUGUCAUCAGAUUAUGAAGAGGGAAAAAAAGAAAUGGAAAAGUAAUGAAAUCAGUCUGACAUAGAACCAUUAGAGAUUGUUCAAUGGUGUACACCAAGAUUCCCCUGGUCUCCUGUUAAUUAGAAAAAUGGAUAUAAAUAAUUUCUUGAAAAGUACUGAAGGAAUAUUGCUCAAAUUUUGCUUGUAGGUUCCCAUUGGUAUCAAGUUGUGUCAAUUCAAUUUAGAUUUUUGAUGAGAAAAAUAGAAUGGUCGUCAGACACCCAUCUUAGAUUUGAAGAAUUAAAGUUUGUCAUAUUAUCACUAUUUCUUGAAAAGGGAUGUUUCUCAAACUUCACAUGUACAUGAAGGUUCCAUUUGUUCUUUGAAUCAGAAUAUUAAGAAAGAAAAAAUAAGGGAGAGUUAUAGAAGAUCAGUGUGACACAGAACCGAUCAUUGAAUUGUGGGUACCAAUUUUCCCCUGGGAUCGCUCGUUAGCCUCAUUUUUGAAAAUUAAUUGAUAGGCUUUAUAUAAGAUAUGAAGUUGUUUCAUAUGAAUGUUUCUACCCUUUGUUCAUUUGAGCAUUUUAUAGUUGUCCUAAGAUUUCCAUUUUUUUGUGAACAUGGAAUGCAUUAUAGUCAUAGUUAUAUUCCCACCACAAAAUUUUUUUUGGAUUGGUCCAAUUAAUACUUUAAUAUUAUUACUUGGGAGGGGGUAGACUUUACAAUAGUUUAUAUAGGGAUGACUUUCCACAUUUUUGACAAUCAUUUAAUUGUUGACAUUUAAUUUGUUAACAUUAUCAGCAUUGGAUGACAGCUUAAUGAUAUGCACAUGUUGGCCCUGACUGACCCCCAGGGACUGAUGUGUGGGGCUAAAAAGGGUCAAUUAGACUAACUGAAAUAUUUCAAAUCUCAGGUGACCGUUAAGGCCCAUGGGCCUCUUGUUAAUUUGUAGAUUUCUUUUGCAUCUAUUACAUUUACUUUUUUGUAACAGAAUCUGUAUUAUAUUUUCUUGUGUCACAAGAUUUGGAAUUAUAUGUAAAUUGUAUAUAUCAUUGCCACACCAAAUGAAAUUUUAUGAUUCAUUUGUCAAGCUAUGACUGUUACACUUUUCAGAUAUAUAAGUCAUUAAAAAGGAGGAAACAUUUCAAAAACUAUAGAAAUGUUAUAUAUAUAAAAAAUAUUAAAACAUUAAAUUCAGUGAAGUUUUCUUUGAUGUUCUACUUCUAAGAUGUAUGAUCCCUGUGCUUGCUUUUGAUGAAGUCUAUUUGGGAUUUCAUUAGUAGGAACAAUUGGAGUUACAAAUACUUUGGUGUGGCCUUCAUUCUCUAACUUACAUAUAAAGUUAUUAAGUCACUUGCUUCGCUAUGUAGCUUGUAGCUGUGACAAAUGAAAUAUUCAUUAUAACUUUUCCUUUGUGCUGAAUAAAAUGUGAAAAGUACCAUAA